AUGACGGAAAAAGGUUUUAGUGAGAUAUUUCAACAAAGAUAUUUGUUGAACAUAACCGAUUUUAAAAUGUUAACUAAAUACAUAGUUUUUACAAUAACUCAACUAAUUAUAAUAAACUACUUAUUUAUAACAUUAUUCUUUUUGAUUUUUUAUAAAUCUAAUAAAAAUUAUUUCCUAAAAAUGGAGUACUUUAACGAAAUGCAGACUAUACUAAAUGAUACUUAUGAACGAAUAGAGCAAUCUGAAGAAGAUAUUGAUUUUCCCAUUUGUUUAAGUAAUGAAAAUAAUAAUCAGUUUGUUAAAACAAACUGCAAUCAUAGUUUUCAUAAAGAAUGUAUUGAUACAUGGUUCAUGGGAAAAGAAAAUAGUCCAUUUUGUAGAACUAUUAUUAAAAAUAAUCAACCAACAUUAGCUAACAUAUUGGCUGCUCUUGCACCAAUAACUAUAAUUCGAUCAGUUGAACUGUGGUUGAAUCCUAUAUUAUGA